AAGGCGCUAUUGCUGCUUGAUGAGAUAAUUAUAUAUUUUAAAUAUUUUCUUUUUUUUCUUGAAAGUCUGAUUACAUUGUGCAUGUCGUUUAACUUCGCUUACGAUAAGAAUGUGUAAGGAAGUAUGUCGUAGGCACGAUAAAGUAUUGUUGCACUCGACCGUGUUGUUUCCAGAUGCUUCGAGUUGUGUCUUGUGAUUCUACAGCAUGACGCCAUUGACGAAUAUGCCGCAGUGGGGAAUCAGACAAAUGACUGAGUUGGAGAGACAGUUGACCUUUAUAGAAAGACUACUUGAGUACAGUCGUUUAGAGCAGGAGCCGAUGAUCGACAGCAAGCUGAAGCUGCUGAAGACCAAGCCGCCAAACGAUUAGCCGACGAAUUAGAUCUUGUGGAAUUUAAAAAUUAAUUAAGUAACGAUAGAAAGAAGUAUAUUAUGUAAAUGAAUGAGUUGCUAAAAUAAAAACAUCAAGUUUUAAGGUGCUAACGUUUUAAGAGGACUAAAUUAUACAUAUAUUAAUGCAUGUGGCCUUCAAAAAGUGAUAAAAAUGUGCUAUCAGCAAAUUUACAACUGAUUAUGUAUCAGGCUGUUAACGAGACUCAGCAGACACAGUAGGGUCUCAUAUUAAGUACAUACUAAUACAGCAAUUUCACAAGAAAGACGUUACAGUGUAUCCGUUGCUCGGUAGUUUCUUAGAUAGUUGGUUGUGUAACUUUUAAGUAAUUCCUUUUCCUUGGAAAUUUGAUUGCGUUGUGUACACUGCUCAACUUUAAUUACUAUAAAAAUAUGGAAACAUGACAUAACACACAGGUAUGAUAAAGUGUCUUCGAGACACUUUUCAGAUUCAGCCAUGCUGUUUCCAGUUGCUCAAUGAAAACUUUAAGAUCGUUCUUAGUCGAUUUGUCGGUUGCUCAAGAAGUAUUUAAAAUUAAAUGUAUUCGCAAAUAAAUAAAAUUUUAUUGUGCCACCAUGAUAAACAACGAUCAGAAAAAAUAUCCAAAAAAUCCACGGCAAAAUGCGAAUGUAAUUUCGCUUAUCACCUUUUGGUGGACUCGAAAAAUUUUUCGAACUGGCUACAAAAAGGAUUUAGAGGAGACCGAUAUUUACGCUACACUAACGCAAGAUAGAACCAGCAACUUAGGCGAAACUGUAAGCAAAGAAUGGGAAAGAGAAGUAGAAUCGUGCGCUAGAAAGAAAAAUGGCAAGCCGCAGUUAUUCAGGGUGCUGUUGCGGAUUUUUGCAAAACCCCUUCUACUAAUUGGAGUUGCACAAGCAGUUAUGGAAUUAUUUCCUAGGCUGUAUAAACCGUUAUUACUUGCUACCUUGUUGCGAUAUUUUGCGAGCGACAUAAAGGAAUGGCAUGACGAGGUGUAUUAUAGCGCCGCCGGUUUAAUUCUGUUGUCAUUUGCAGAAACUUUUAUUUCACAUUAUACCGUAUAUUGCUCCUUUCACUUAGGAUUAAAAAUGAAGAUAGCUUCCACCGCACUGAUUUACCAAAAAAUAUUGAAGCUAUCCAAUUCUGUAUUGGACAAUGAAACAUCUGUUGGUCAGAUGGUAAAUUUUCUGAGCAGUGAUAUUGCCAAGUUUGAAGAGUGCUUAUUACAUUUACAUUACAUUUGGAUCGCUCCUCUUCAAAUCAUAUGGAUCACGUAUAUUACAUUUUCCGAGAUUGGAUGGGCAGCUCUGAUAGGAAUAUCCAUAUUUUUACUAAUAAUGCCUUUUCAAGGCUGCUUGGCGAAGAUAAUCGUACCUUUAAUGCUGAAGUUAGCACAGAAAACAGAUGCUAGACUUAGGCUGAUGAAUCAAGUAAUCACUGGAUUACAAGUAAUUAAAAUGUAUGUUUGGGAGAUUCCUUUUUAUGCUCUCGUAGAAAAGGCGAGGAAGCGUGAGAUGAAUAUGACAAAGAAAUGUUUUAUUCUGAAAGAAUUAACUUUGACUCUCAAAAACUACAUACCACGACUUAGUCUCUUCGCCACAAUAGUAACAUAUGUCCUAUUUGGAAAUUAUAUCAAUGCCGAAAAAGUGUAUUUGGUAACAGCGUAUUACAAUGUUUUACGGUUCACGACAGCUCAUAGGUUUUCGUCAGGUGUCAAUCAAGUGUUACAGGCAUUAGUUUGUAUCCGCCGGUUGCGAAGAUUCAUGUUGCACGAUGAAAUUAUUAAAACGAAACAGAGUCCAUGUUCCCAGACAGUUCCUGAUGCAUUCGCACUUCGUAUGACCAAUGUAAAUGCCAAAUGGCACGGUGACGGUAAAGACGACACGUUGCGUAAAAUAAACUUGACCGUGCCACCUGGAAGCUUCGUAGCCAUUGUCGGACAGGUGGGUUCGGGUAAGAGCAGCUUCUUGCAAGCGAUACUCCAGGAAUUACCAUUGACGAGUGGGAGCAUCGAUAGCCGCGGCAGAAUAAGUUACGUCAGCCAGCAGCCAUGGAUCUUCGCUUCUUCCGUGAAGCAGAACGUUCUGUUCGGACAGCCGAUGGACAAGUCGCGUUACGACGAAGUGAUCAGAGUCUGCCAGAUGGAAUCGGACAUAGUCUCGUUUCCCCAUGGCGAUCGCACUAUCGUGGGCGAGAGGGGAAUGAAUCUGAGUGGGGGUCAGCGUGCCAGGAUCAAUCUGGCUCGAGCGAUUUACAAAGAUGCUGAUAUUUACUUGCUGGACGAUCCUCUAUCUGCCGUGGACUCGCACGUCAGCAAACGUCUAGUGGACCAAUGCAUCUGCGGCUACCUAAAAGGAAAAACGAGGAUUCUGGUGACGCAUCAACUGCAGUAUCUUCAGCUCGCUGAUCAAAUUAUUGUAAUGAACAACGGUAAUAUUGAACAGAAGGGUACCUUCGACGAAUUGCAAGCGUUGGGCCAUGAUUUUAUGAAGCUGGUGAAGGCAACAGAUGCGAAAAGCAAAGAGGCUGAGAGUAGACAGAUCGAUAUUCAGCGUCAAAUUUCGAUGAAAGCUGAGACGAGAGAUGACAAUGACAACUCGCCGGUUGAAUUAAAGGAAGCUAUGGCAAAGGGUCGUAUAUCUGGCGGAAUGCUCCUCGCUUACUUUAAAGCGAGUAAGAAGCCUGCUAUGAUCGCACUGAUGAUGUUGAUCUUCUUAGUGCUCCAAUUAGUAUCCAGCGGAAGCGAUUAUUUUAUAGCGUUCUGGGUCAACGUCGAAUCGAGUUCGUGGCACGAUACGAACAACUCUACCCAAGUUUUUCAGUGGGAAGGUCCAUUGUCCCGUGAUUCCAUGAUUUACAUAUAUACUGCUAUGAUAGUGGCUCUCAUACUGCUCUGGCAAUUGCAAUCAGUCGUGUAUUACACGGUGUGCAUGUGGUCCUCAGUAAAUCUUCACUCCGCUAUGUUUCGCAGCAUACUGCGCGCAACCAUGUACUUCUACAGUACUAAUCCAGCUGGUCGUAUAUUAAACAGGUUUGCCAGAGAUAUCAAUAUUAUCGACAUAAUGCUGUCGAUAUGCGUAUUUGAUGUCAUAGUAACCAUAUUUAAUUCGAUCACAAUAUCAAUUAUGGUCGUGGCGAUUACUCCAUGGCUGGCGAUACCUACGGUGUUCUGCGCUUGCAUUUGUACCUAUUUCCGCAAGAUAUAUAUCUCUACGGCUCGCAGCAUCAAGCGCCUCGAAGGGACAACACGUUCGCCGAUCUUCGAUCAUCUCGGAGCGUCUCUGCAAGGACUCGCGACAAUUAGAGCUUUCAACGCUGAAGAGAUAUUAACAGCGGAGCUGUAUAAUCAUCAAGAUGUCCAUACGUCUGCCUGUUUCCUCUUCCUGUCUACUUCUCGAGCCUUCGGCUUCUACAUUGAUAUGAUCUGUCAACUUUAUGUCGGGAUAAUAAUCAUAAUUUUCACAGUCUUCAGUAAUCUGGCUGUCGUUGGCAACAUUGGUCUGAUAAUCACGCAGGUCAUGUCGUUGACGAUCAUGCUGCAGUACGGAAUCAGACAAACGGCCGAACUGGAGAGUCAGUUGACCUCUGUAGAGAGAAUACUUGAGUACAGUCAUUUAGAGGAGGAGCCGAUGAUCGACAGCAAGUCGGAGACCAAACCGCCGGACGAUUGGCCGACGAAAGGUCUAGUAGAAUUCAAGAACGUAAGCUUAAAGUACAAUCGUCGAGGAGCCUACAUCCUCAAGAACGUCAGCUUCAUCGUUUUGCCAGAAGAAAAGAUCGGUAUCGUCGGCAGAACCGGCGCGGGAAAGUCGUCUCUGAUAAACGCUCUCUUUCGUCUGGCCUGCGUCGAGGGCAAGAUCUUUAUAGACGGCGUAUCCACUGAUGCGAUCGCUCUGCACGACUUCCGCUCGAAGAUCAGUAUUAUUCCUCAGGAGCCGUUCCUGUUCAAUGGCAGUCUGCGACGUAAUCUCGAUCCCUUCGAUCAGUAUUCCGACACUGUGCUAUGGCAGGCGCUUCAGGAUGUCGAGUUAAAGGAGACGAUCUCCGAGAUGGCCGCCGGACUGAACACGAAGGUGUCCGAUGAGGGAUCGAACUUUAGCGUUGGUCAGAAACAACUGUUGUGCCUUGCGCGAGCUAUUAUCAAGAACAAUCGGAUCAUGGUACUGGACGAAGCAACUGCCAACAUCGAUCCUUACACGGACUCCCUUAUACAAAAAACAGUUAGGACGAAAUUUAUAAACUGUACUGUGUUCACCAUAGCUCACAGAUUGAACACUAUUAUGGACAGCGAUAGAAUAUUUGUGAUGGACGCUGGACAACUUGUGGAAUUUGGCCAUCCAUAUAUCCUUUUACAACAAAAAGAAUAUUUCUAUAAUAUGGUACUGCAGACUGGUACUGCGAUGGCCGAGAAUCUUAUUGAUAUAGCUACGAAAAAUUUCUAUAAUAAGGAGAAAUCGCCGUCCACAUUAUUAUAAUUUUCAAUAUGAAUAUAUUGAAAUUUCCAAUUUCCAUUAUGUCUCGAAAAAAUGAUCUAAACAAUCCUAAACAACGAUGAGUUUAUUAAUCUCAGUAUAAAUAUACACUUUGCAUUAACAAAACAACUUUAUUUUUAGUGUAACUUUUACACGGCACUCCCGGGAACCAAUCGCGCGCGAUUGGAUACACGGUUUUCUCUUUGAAAAAUUGUUUGGGUCAACUGAAGAAAAGAAUUUGUAAAAGUUACCAAAUGUUGAAUGAAAUAAUGCCACUUAAGUAUAUUGAUUAAUAUUACCAAAAAUAAUUUUGCUUUUCUAAACAUUUUGCAAGUAUUAUCCAAUUUAAUAAUGUUUACAAAAAUUUUGAAAAGUAAAAUUAGUUUUUAUUAUAUUAAAAUCAAAUAUAUAAUUAUUUAAAUUUAUUUUACCCAACAUUUGGUAGCUAUUAUCAAACUCUUUCUUUCGAUGAUUUUUUUUUUGUCCUGUGCAGGACAUUUGAAAAGUAUUCAAAUAUACUUAAUGAGAAAAUUUAUUUAUGACUUACCAACCCAAUGCGCGACGAGCAAAGUUAUUCAGUCACGAAGCUACAAUGAUACUGUAACACAAACAAAAAAUUCAAAAAUUAAAACUGUGCUCAAAAUAAU